GUGGAACCCUACAAGCGAGCCUCCCGUGUCCCCCGUUCCCGUUUCUUUAUGAGAAUCCUCCCUAUGUCCCUUGUUCCCAAUGCCCCACUUCUUCCUCGCCAUCAUCUCCCUCCCUUGUUCUUGCACCAUUUUCUAGUGUGCUCGUGCGCCUAAAAUUUUAUUCCCACUUUUCUUUUUCAUACACACGCGCUCUCUCUCUCUAUCGUCUAUGGCUUCUGGUGGCUCUGGUUCUGGUUCUCCCUGCGGGGCUUGCAAGUUCCUCAGACGAAAGUGCGCCGCGGACUGCAUAUUUGCGCCGUACUUCUGCUCCGACCAAGGCCCUGCUAGAUUUGCAGCAAUUCAUAAGGUGUUCGGGGCUAGCAAUGUUUCUAAAUUGCUCUUGCAUAUACCCGCUCGUGAUCGCUGUGAGGCCGUCGUCACUAUAACGUAUGAAGCCCAGGCUCGGAUCAGAGACCCUGUUUAUGGUUGUGUCUCUCACAUUUUUGCCUUGCAACAACAGGUGGCGUGCCUGCAAGCGCAACUGAUGCAAGUGAAGGCUCCUGCGCAGAAGAACGUAAUGGAAACCAGGAACGUUGAAAACCAGCGGGGAGGGAAUCAUAAUAUUGUGGGUGGACAAGCAAUGAAUGCAUACAACAUGAACCCUAUAUCUCCUCAGAGCUCUCUCGAGUCAAUUAACCACAACAUCGGUGAUGGAAUUAACGUGCAAGAUAUACGAAGCAGGGAGGAUUCGUCAUUCCCCAAACGAAGGUCUUACAACAAUGACUUGGGUGAGCUCCAUCAGCUUGCGCUGAGGAUGAUGAGGAAUUAAUUAGCUAGCCUUUUAUUCCUAUAAAUAGUCUCUUUGUUUUCUUCAAGGAAUGCUCUUCUCUUAAUGCUGUAUAUACAGAUGAGUCAUGUCAACAAGGGAAAUUUGCCAUAACUGAUGCGAUGAGCCUAUACUGCCGGCAAUUAGCCUUUUCUGUUUACGAGUUCAAUCCAAGACUAGUUAGAAUUUUUGCAGACUGGCAUAUUCUCAUUUCCUCUAUCUCUUCUUCUGAGUGAUCCGUUGCGCUUACUUAAGUGAGGAAGCGGUGGUUCACUUUG